AUGCCCCGCCCUGCCCUCACGAUCCUCCAAAGAUGGCGCGCACCGUCUCUCCCCCUCCACCGAACCAUCAACGGUAAUGCAGUCGUAGCCCAGGCAGCGCAUGUGCGGCCGUCACCCUUUCGAGAACGGAACCAGCUCCAUCGCCAGCGCCAGCACCAGUGCCGCACCCUCCUGACCCUCGCAAUCGAAACCUCGUGCGAUGACACCUGCGUCGCCCUCCUCUCCAAAGACCCUGGCACCCACGGCCGGGCGACCCUCCACUUUCACCGCAAAAUCACAUCCGACAGCACGGCCUACGGCGGCGUCUACCCGCCCGUCGCCCUACGCUCCCACGACGCUUCGCUCGCGCCACUCAUCGCCGAAGCCCUCACGUCUCUGCCCGCCGCCGCCGGAGAAGUCCAAAACAACGAUGAUGGCGACUCAAUACAAAAAGUAGGGAAAGGGGGAGGUCGCACUCACGCAGAAGAAGUAGGAUCAUCACGCCACAACACGCUCACAGUGGCUGGCACUCUGCGUCAGAAACCCGACUUCGUGACGGUGACCCGCGGUCCCGGCAUGUCCGCGAACCUCGCCUCCGGGCUCUCGACGGCAAAAGGCCUCGCGACAGCCUGGCAGGUGCCCCUCCUGGCCGUGAACCACAUGCAAGCCCACGCCCUCACCCCUCGCCUCGUCUCCGCGCUCGCCCGCCAGGAUCCGACUACCUCUACAGCGUCCUCAUCCACCACCACCUCCUCCUCCUCUCCGACAGCCGACGUCACCGCUGCUAUAAAACCAGAAUACCCUUUCCUCACCCUCCUAGUCUCCGGUGGCCACACCCAGCUCGUCCACUCCCACUCCCUCGCGUCCCACCGCAUCCUCGCCUCCUCCUCCAACAUCGCCGUUGGCGACGCCCUCGACAAGGCCGCGAGGCACAUCCUCCCGCCGGACAUGUUAGCCUCCCACGGGGACGUCAUGUACGGCGCCCUCCUCGAACGCUUCGCCUUUCCCGACUCCCUUCCCCCCUUCUCUACACCAUCGCCAGAUCCCAAACGCCAGCACGAUUACGACUACGACUACGAAUACACCCCUCCCCUCCGCCGCGUCGACGAAAUCGCACCGUACGCCGCUCCCGCGCCCUACUCCUGGACCCUUCACCCUCCCCUCUCCGCCUCCCGCGCGCUAUCCUACGAGUUCAAUGGCCUAGGCAGCGAGGUCCGCAAAAUCGCCACCUCAAAAGGCGACUCCAUGUCCCUCGACGAACGGCGGAUCCUCGCCCGUGCCACCAUGCGCCUCCUAUUCGAGCACCUGGCCACUCGCAUCUUCCUCGCUCAUGCCGCCGAACCGGAGCUGAAAGAUGCCUUGAAAACACUCGUCGUAAGCGGCGGCGUCGCGAGCAAUCGUUUCCUCAUGCACGUGCUGCGGAAGAUGCUCGACGUCCGCGGAUUCGAGCAUGUGGAGAUCACGGCGCCCCCGCCGGCGUUGUGUACCGACAACGCGGUCAUGAUUGCAUGGACUGGCAUGGAGAUGUACGAAGCUGGCUGGGAGAGUUUGCUUUCCGUACAUCCCGAGCGCAAGUGGUCGAUUGACCCGUCCAGCGAAGAGGGUGGGAUCCUGGGUGUCCCUGGAUGGAGAAGAAGAGAGCAUUGA